UGGUUGGCCAGCAUCGAGGCGGCAGAGCCCCUGGACGAGGUCGAUUAUACAAAAGAACAAAGAAGGCUGUCGUCGUCUCUCAGCGAUAUCUCCGGCUCGCUGUCUCUGUUGAAGGCGGACCACCGUGAGCAGGGCGAUGAGGGGAACCGACGCAAACUCUCGAACUACGAACUCAUUCCGAUCAGCGAGCUUGAGCAGGGCACGGAGGAGCAGGGGACUGACGGGGAGCAGGGCGUUGAGGUCGAGGUGCCCGAAGAGACUUUUGUUUGGGACAUUUCUCAGGACACGCGCCCUCAGUCCCCCAGCUCUGGCGAAGAAAUGUGCAGCUCUUGUAAGAAAAUUAGUCCUCAGGUAGACAGC